UCCUGGCGCUGCGAAGCCGCCCAGCACUUCUCCUCCUCCUCUAAAAAAAAAACAACUAUAGGGGGGGGGGGCAAUACCAGCCUCCAUGAAUAGGCCGCAAAAUGGCUCCAGUCAUUUUCACCUACGAAAAACAAGUGGAUGCUGAUGGAGAGGUCCCCCAGUGACCCGCCGCGGGAUGCGGCGCACGGAACCGGAGCUGGAGCGGAAGGCGUCGGCGAGCCGGACUUGGGACUGGGUUCCGGCAGCAGCAGCAGCAACGGCGGCGGCGAUCGGAGGCGCGGAGGAAUGGCCCUCCCGGGGGAGCCGGCCUUGCUCGAUGGAGUUGCCAAGGAAACGAAUCGGCCACCCCCCUCCCCCGGCCCGGGGCCCCCUGCUGCGCCGGUGCCAGUGAUCGAGCUGGUGCGCACAAGCCGCCCUAUAAAAGCCAGAGACGCGCCGCUCGGGGCCCUGCAGAGCCAGAGAGAGCCAGACGCCAGCUACAGCAGCAGCAUCCGAGCUCCGCGAGACGAACCGGCCACCGCCCUCGCCCUCGCCACCACCGCGGGCACUGGAGCGGGCACGCCCCCGGCCGGCGGUGGCAUCGGUGGCGGCAGCAGCGACGUCCGCAUGGUGCACCUCAGCCCUACGGCAGCCCCUGCGCUCCCGCUGCCGGCCAGAGCCAUGCUCUAUGGCCUCGGGGCUCCGCUCAGCGCCGCCAGCAGUGGAUAUUUUGGUGAACCCGAAAACUUUUCAAUGUAUAACAACAACCGAGUGAAAAGAAGACCAUCCCCCUAUGAAGUGGAGCUCUCUGAUGGCCCUCACACAAAAGUGGUCCGUCGAAUAUUCACAAACAGCCGCGAGAGAUGGAGGCAGCAGAAUGUCAAUGGAGCUUUUGCUGAGCUUCGGAAGCUCAUCCCAACUCACCCACCAGACAAAAAGCUCAGCAAGAAUGAAAUAUUACGCCUGGCUAUGAAAUACAUCAACUUCUUGGCCAAACUGCUCAAUGACCAAGAAGAGGAAGGGAACCAGAGGGGUAAAGUAAACAAAGAGACUGGCAUAGUGCAAGAAGACCUUCUUCAGGACAUGUUGUCCCCAAAUUCAAGCUGUGAAAGCUCAUUAGAUGGAGCAGGAAGCCCAGACAGUUUCACGGAGGAACAUGAAACAUUAGAUCCUAAGCAUACAAGAGGCCUCCAUCAUUCCCUUCUUCCCAUCGAGAACAAUGCCCAGCGAUGAUGAACCAGCACAGAGCAUCCCAGAACACCUGAUAUCUGGAUUGUAUGCAUGUCCUCCCUUUCUUCUUCCUUCUUUAUCUAAGACAGAGCGAAUAAGGGGUACCUAUAAAGAAUGAGCAUCCAGGUGUACAGAACAAUUUCCUGCUUAUGUCACCAAUGAAACAUAGGUCUUGCUAGUUGCAUUUUUGAAAAGUUUAAUACAGAAGGGCUGAAAUAUGCAGGCACCUCAUUUUGUGUUUGUUCAAGGUUUACAAAAGGAUUGAACUGAGACUUCAUCCUUCUGCUUUUGUUUUCCCUUGUCUCCCAGCUGUUUGGACCCAAGCUUCUUCAGUUCUGUGUGGCUAUUGACAUUGAAAUUUUUUCAUGUUGUAUGGUGUUCUUUUUCAGGUAUCUAUGAGGAAAUGUACGGAACUUAUUUACCUUCACACCAGAGCUUUGGUGAAGUACUAUUUGUGAGCAAAACAUAAUUUUCAUUCUGGCUUUUGUUUUCUUUUUUCUUUUUUAAAAAAACUCCAUUCAUUUUACACAGGUUUGAAUUGUUUGAGGUAUUUCUGAUGUGGAUUUAAAAGAAAUUCUAAUGUGCACUAUUUGCUGAACAAUAAAGGUACACCAUUUAAGAUUUAUUUCUCAACUUUUGACAUUUUAUCAGAGGGAUGUUUCCUUCAAGCAUUGGCUGAGGUGUUACCUUCAGUUUCCCUGGUUUUAUUUUGUCCUGACAAAAGUGUAAUGAGAAAUGUUGUUUGUGUGUAUUUAUAUGUAAGGCUGGUACAAACAAUGUUUCAGUAAUGCACUUUGACUUGCUUAGAUUUACAUAUAUUAAGGUGAUAAUAAGGCACAAUCCAACUGGAGCUUCUUCUUCACAAGAUCCAAGGAAAUAAAUGGCAAAUCUCCAUGGAAAACCCAUAGAAAGUUGUAUGUUACAUGGUUAUUUAAUAAAUUUGGUACAUGUUGAUUGCUCCGAAUUGUACUAUGCUCCAUAUAUAGGAGUUUUUGCAGAAGAAGCUCCUGGAGGACAAUGCUCAAGUGGGUACUUUUCUUUCCAAAAGUAGCUUGGGUCCAGAAUGAAUUUGCAUUCUGUUGGGUAUUGUAAUUCUAUGAACAGUGGUAUAUGCAGCAAACCAUGAUGAUGCCAAAACAACAAUAUGAACAUGAUGUUGCAUUAUGCAAAUGUGUCAUGAUGUCCUAUUGUUCCAAUGUCUGAUACAAGUAUGUUAGCCACAGUUGUGUGAUGACAGUGUCACACGGUUUUGUCAAUUCCCUUCCUUGCUUCUCUGCAGUUGCCUAAGUGUCUGUUUUCUGUGCCAUUCUCCCUCUCUCUCUCUCUCUCUCUCUCUCUCUCUCUCUCUCUCUCUCUCUCUCUCUCUCUCUCUAUUUCUAGAUUUGAUUAUAUUAUAAAGAACUACAGCAAUCUUAGUGUUUCAAGGCACUAUUCAGAAACUUAGUAUGUUCAUCCAUUGUUGACUAUGAAGGAUGCAGUGUAGAAAAUUUAAGGAAGACUUGUUUUUUCCUUCUCAGUUGUACUGUUUGCCUUGUUAAUAAAAAAUAUAAUUGCCUGGGCAUUCAGACAGAUGUAUACAAGGUUUUUCCCCCUAUUCCAGAUUGUUCAUGAAUUCCCUGAUAUGUGUAUAUAUGUGUUUGUUAAAGUAUUUUUCUAUUGAGCAAACAGUUUUGAAAAAAGAAAUACUGUCUUUUGUUGUUUGUAUGGGUGGGAGUGAAAGACACAUUGCUUCGCGAGCUGCAUGUUGCUCCAAAAAGAUUCAAAGGUAUUAUGAAUAAUGUAAAAGUUAUUGCUGAGGAAUAAAUGGCUUAUUAACCAUU